CGUGAGGGGAGCGGGAGCGGCGCCGGCACCGGGAGCGGGAUCCAAACGCGGCGGGAGCGGCGGUGCAGCCAUGAACAUCCGCAACGCGCGGCCCGAGGAUCUGAUGAACAUGCAGCACUGCAACCUGCUCUGCCUGCCCGAGAACUACCAGAUGAAAUAUUACUUCUACCACGGCCUCUCCUGGCCCCAGCUCUCCUACAUCGCCGAGGACGAGAACGGGAAGAUCGUGGGCUACGUCCUGGCCAAGAUGGAGGAAGAUCCCGAUGACGUCCCACACGGACACAUCACAUCCCUGGCGGUGAAGCGCUCGCACCGGCGCCUGGGGCUGGCGCAGAAGUUGAUGGACCAGGCCUCGCGCGCCAUGAUCGAGAACUUCAACGCCAAAUACGUGUCCCUGCACGUGCGCAAGAGUAACCGGGCAGCGCUGCACCUCUACUCCAACACCCUCAACUUCCAGAUCAGCGAGGUGGAGCCCAAGUACUACGCGGACGGGGAGGACGCGUACGCCAUGAAACGGGACCUGAGCCAGAUGGCCGAGGAGCUGCGGAAGCAGGUGGAGCAGAAGGAGCGGGGCCGCCCCCCCGCCCCCACCGAGCCCCCCCGGGGGGGGGAUGGGGUCUGCGGCUCGGGGGGACCCCCCGCGCACCCCCCCCCCACCGCCGCGACCCCCGCCCACCACGAGGACGGGGGGGGCGACAGCAAAGACGUCAGCGAGGUCAGCGAGACCACCGAGAGCACCGACGUCAAGGACAGCUCGGAGGCGUCCGACUCCGCCUCGUAGAGACCCCUCCCCAAAAUCCGCGGGACCCCUCCCCAAAAUCCGCGGGACCCCUCCCCAAGCUCCGGGGGCUCCCCGGAGCGCCGGGACCCCCCGGUUCUGGGGGGGGCAGUAAAGCCGCGCUGCCUCCA